AUGGCUUCUGGAUUCCUCCACUCCAAGGAGGCCAAGGUCGAACAGAGCGUGGUCUCUGACCCCGUCGUGAGCGAUAUCGACCAAGGCAGUCUGCAUUAUACGGUCGAAGGGGGAGAUAAUUCCAACAAGCUCACAAUUCAGGAGGCCAGUGGUGCUCCGGUUGAGCAUCACAGUCCUCUGGGAUACUCGGUGGGAUGGGUGACGGUGAUCUUCCUGAACCUUAGCAUGAUGGUCGGGACCGGUGUUUUUUCCACCCCUUCUGCCAUUGUGGAAGGAACGGGCUCGAUCGGACUCAGUCUGUUCUACUGGGUCAUCGGGUACAUCAUGUCUUACAGUACACUGUCGGUGUAUCUUGAAUUCGCUGCCUAUUUCCCCAGCCGCUCUGGCUCCGAGGUGGUCUACCUCGAACAGUCAUUUCCUCGACCUCGAUAUCUCUUUCCGACCAUCUUCGCCAUUCAAACCGUUCUGUUUUCCUUCAGCAGUAGCAAUGCCAUUGUUCUCGCGGAAUAUUUGUUCGCUCUUGCUGGAACAACACCUACCGCGUGGCAGGAGAAGGGCGUCGCAGUGGCGGCAUAUACCGUGGCCGUGUUAUUUGUCAUUUUCAACACUCGAGGCUCGCUCUUGCUUUCCAACCUCAUUGGAGUCGUGAAGCUUCUGACCUUGAUCUUCAUUGGAAUCACCGGUCUUGUUGUGCUUGGAGGACACACAUCUGUCAAGAAUCCUACAGCAAAUUUCAAGAAUGCAUUUUCCGGCACCUCAGACGCCACAGUGUAUGGAGCAACCAACGCGUUGAUCGACGUGGUCUUCUCCUAUCAGGGGUUUACCAAUGCAUUUAACGUGGUCAACGAAGUCAAGAAUCCGAUCAAAACUCUUCGUUGGAGCGCCCCCUUGUCCCUUACUCUUACCGCAGUUCUCUAUAUAUUGGCCAAUAUUGCAUACUUUUCGGUCGCCUCCAAAGAGGAGAUCAUAGAGUCUGAGCAGAUCGCCGCCGCUGUCUUCUUUGAAAAGGUUUUUGGGUCAGGAGGGGCAGCGAAAGCACUGAAUUUCCUCAUCUGUCUCAGUGCCUUUGGCAACUUGGUUGCUGUCCUGAUCGGCCAGUCUCGAGUUCUUCGAGAAUGUGGAAGACAAGGUGUUCUCCCUUGGACCACCUUUUGGACCUCCACACGGCCCUUUGGAACUCCUCUCGGCCCGUAUCUUGUGAAAUGGGCCUUGACGAUUGUGAUGAUUCUUGCUCCUCCUGCAGGUGACGCAUUCGACUUCAUCGUGGAUCUAAGCAUCUAUCCCGGCAACAUUUUCAGUUUCAUUCUGACUGUCGGUUUGCUCAUAACCCGUCGUCAGCGCAAGCGCCUCAACUUGGGAAAAGCAGAGUAUCGUUGCUGGGAUCUAGCUGUGGGGAUUUCCCUCGUUACCUGCACAUAUAUGCUCAUUUUACCAUGGUGGCCGCCCACUACCGGAGCCGAUGGAGGCGAUGUCACAUUCUGGUAUGCCACGUACUGUGUGACCGGGCUCUGCAUCCUUGGCGUAUGUGUCGUGUACUAUUACGUUUGGAUAUUGGUUAUUCCCAAAUGGGGCAAGUACCAGUACCGACAGACAAUCAUCCACGGGGAUGAUGGUAGUACGGCGCAUCGGCUGGUCAAGAUCCCGAACGAAGAAAUUGAUCGCUGGGAUGAAGAACAUGACGCAGCGGGGCGUGUGAGGCAAAGAACUCGGGCGAGCGAUAGUGACGGGGAGGUGAGAAAGGAAUAG